UUCUGGGCUCCAAAGCAACCAAACGACUGGAACAACGAAGACUGUGUGCACACUCUUGGAGCGAAGCAUGGAUACACUUGGAAUGACGUACCAUGCAAUAAUUGCUUCAACUUUACUUGUUUUACAGACCUGGACGAGUGUAGCACUCACACCCAUAACUGUGACGUCAAUGCAGAUUGCAUAAAUACCGUGGGCUCAUAUUCUUGCACAUGUAAAGCUGGAUAUAGCGGAGACGGACAAACUUGCACUGACGUAGACGAAUGCUCUUCCAACUCUCAUAGCUGUGACGUGAAUGCUGUCUGUAGUAACACUCGUGGAUCUCACACUUGCACAUGCAAAGCUGGAUAUUCUGGAGAUGGCAGAUCUUGCAGUGCUGUAGAAUGUACAAGCUACUCAAGUCUGACCAGCGGUGACCGAAAAACCACGUACAUCACUCAGUCCGCUCAGUGUGACAAAAAUCUCAAAGGCUGGUAUCGGUUCCAAGGAGCUGCGGGAACUAGAAUGCCUACUUCAUGUCCACCUACAUACAGGUGUAACACUAAUGCACCCGGCUGGUUAAAUGGUGGUCAUCCUUUAGUGGCUGAUGGCAAAGUCACCAGGCAGGUCUGCUUUCACUGGAGUUCAAACUGUUGUCACUCGUCCACCAACAUUGACGUGAGAAACUGCGGCUCUUUCUAUGUUUACCACUUUCGUGGAACACCGGGCUGUAGCGGCUACUGUGGCAGUGACUAAUUGCCUCCCUCAGAUCUUAAUGAACUCCAGGUUUUGGAAAAGAUGCAUUUCUUAUACAAAUUACCUGAUUACCACAAUGAAUUUCCACUGGACAGUGAUUUAUCCGGUAGAUAAUGCGUGUUAACUAUUGAGAAUUGGAAGACAGUCACGCAAAAUCGAUUUUUCUAUUAUUUCGCCAAAACAUACCUUUGGGUGAACUAAUUCAAGAGAAAAUAGUUGUGCCACAGGUGUGGCACUGCUGGAAGUGGCUGGUUAAAUGGUGUACAUCCUACAGUGGUUGAUGGCAAAGUCACCAGGCAGGUCUGCUUUCACUGGAGUCCAAACUGGAGUUCAAAGUGUUGUUGGCAAUCCACCAACAUUGAAGUGAGAAACUGCGGCUCUUUCUAUGUUAACCACUUCAGUGGUUCAAAUGGCUGUAACCAUCGCUACUGUGGCACUCACUAAUUGCUUUCUUGAUAAACCUUGACAACGUCCGGGUUCUUAAUGAAUAAUGUUUGUGUAAUUUUUUGUUUUUUUGUUUUUGUUUUUGUUUGUUUGUUUGUUUGUUUAUUUGUUUGUUUGUUUGUUUGUUUUUUCACUGAUAUUAACAAAGGUAUUAAUAGAAACACACA